CUAAGACCGGCGAUCUGGCUGGGUCGACGACGUAUACCCGGAUGCACUCGGUGUCCACGAGUCACUAGGACAUAAUCAUUUGUUCGGCAAGACUUGCAUAAGUGGAACAGACAGAAAGAUUUUUAUCUAUAGUGAAACAGUUUAUACGACUUUACUAUUGUUAUUAUCAUUAACAAUUACUUCAGCGACUAUAUUACUAGAUAAAAUGAAGACUGUGUUUUUUAUCUGCAUUCUAUUGGCCCUCGCAAGGAAAUCGCAUCAAGCAUCUUUUUACAGAACUUACGAGUGCGUCAACAAUUUAUGCCAAAGAACGGCACGGCCGUUAUCAUUUUCGGAAUUGGGUGACAUAAGUUCAAAUAAUAUUUACACAACUGUUGCUGCUUGUCGUCUGGUGUGCAGCAAUACAGCUGGACUUUGGCCAUUGCCAACUGGUUCCUUGGAAACUGGAACAAACUACUUGGGCGUUCAUCCGUCAAACUUCCGCUUCGAUAUGCAAGAUGUCGCCAGUGGAGCCAGACCAUUCGUAUCCCAGAGCACGAAUAUUUUUCUGGAUAACUUGCGACCUGUUUGCGACGAGGACUGCACAAUGAGGCAAUCUACGGUGAUGGUUCACGUCAAGGUCAACUCAUCGAAUCUUAACCUUGACUGGGAUACAAAUGAGCAGUACACCCUGAAUCUUUCGACAAAAGGAAAUAAUGUUACCGUCAUCAUUGUUGCGAUGACUGCUUAUGGUGCUAGGCACGGGUUGGAGACUUUGUCCCAGCUGACGGCGCCCAUUAUUACUCCAGACGGAGGCCGGGGACUCGUAAUUCUGGACUUUGCUGUGAUCAAGGACAAGCCGGUGUUUCCACAUCGUGGAUUACUUAUCGAUACUGCCAGAAACUUUUUACCCGUUACCGACAUCCUUAGGACUAUCGACGGCCUUGCUUCGAACAAGAUGAACGUCCUCCAUUGGCAUGCUACCGACAGUCAAAGUUUUCCUUUGGAAAUUAAGAGUGUGCCGUUAAUGACAGAAUUUGGGGCUUACGGGUUAGACAAGAUUUACAGUGCCGAAGAUAUGGCACAGAUUGUGAUGUAUGGUAAGGCCAGGGGCGUACGCGUCAUCCUGGAAUUAGACUCGCCUUCCCACGCAGGAGCAGGUUGGGAAUGGGGGGAAUCAAUUGGAUAUGGAAAAUUGGCUGUUUGCGCGAAUCAACAACCUUGGAAUCAGUUUUGUAUACAGCCACCUUGCGGACAGCUUAAUCCAGUGAAUCUAAGAACCUACCGUGUCCUGAGGUCAAUAUAUAAGGACGUUCUUGAAAUCUGGGGCCACGAGAGUGUCCUUCAUCUAGGUGGAGAUGAGGUCUUUCUACCUUGCUGGAAUUCCUCAGUGGAAAUAAUUUCAGCAAUGCAAGAAAGAGGUAUGAAUCGUAGUGAGGAAGACUUUCUGAAACUCUGGGGUGAAUUUCAUUCUACCCAGGUACAGAUGCUGGACCAAGAACGAAAUAGUAAUAGUAUAAGCGCCAUAGUAUGGAGUUCGCAUCUCACUUCACCUGAUAUCAUUGAAAAUCAUUUGGACAAGAAGAGAUUCGUGAUACAGACGUGGGUCGAGAGGAGUUCUCCUUUGCCAAGAAAACUUCUGAGACUGGGCUAUCGUCUGAUCGUGUCUACCAAGGAUGCUUGGUAUCUGGACCACGGUUUCUGGGGCACUACGACGUACCACACUUGGCGUGAUGUCUACAACAAUAGAUUGUCGAGACAGGAAGGUGUACUCGGUGGUGAGACUUGUAUGUGGGGCGAGUACGUGAGUCCUGGAAGUUUAGAUGCACGAAUUUGGCCAAGGACGGCAGCCGUGGCUGAAAGAUUGUGGAGUGACCCGCAAAGGAUAUCAACUGCGGAUGCUGAGCCACGUUUAGAAGGUCAAAGGAAACGUCUUAAAUAUCUUGGAAUAUCUUCAGACGCUCUUGCGCCUGAAUGGUGCGCACAGCAUCCACGGCAGUGCAUGUAACUCCGAUAAGCUUGGGUUACCUAUGGAUAUUCAUCUGAUAACAUAGGAUAUUAGAAGAUCCAAUGAUACAUACAGAGAUACUGGAGGACUCUUGCUCAAAAUGUUUUUCAUGCUUGUACAGAUGGUCACGAGGAGACGUUGAAAUUGCAAGGCGGGUCUGGAAUUUUUUCAGAACUUAAUGUACCAUUAACUUUCAUUAUCGACGUGAUGCUUUUUCAGCUGUUUAUCUUGACUUACUACUCAAUGAAUAGAUGCUGUUCUCUCGGUUUAUAAACGUAAUAUUAGUCUGGCGGCUAUAUGUUGCAUCAAGCUAAGUUGCGCAACGGGUUUAUACAUUCCUUUUGUGGUAUAUACAUAUUCUGCUGCGCUUAACGAGAAUUUUUUACUGUCUCUGAUACGCGAAAGGUAACGUCUUCUUUUUUUUUAAAUAUAAAUCAGACAAUUUUGUAAAUAGUUAUAUGGUUAGGAAAUGAAAUGAACUUAUUUCAUUUUAGUUUCGAAUGGUUUUAUGAAAACAUGCUUUAUAUAUUGUUUUCACAUAUGUACUUGUUUCUUGUCGUUGAAAUACGAUCAGCAAAUCUGAAAUAGAUAAUUUAUUUUUUUAAGAAACUUUUGUAAUAGUAUAUUUAUAAAUCAUUAUUAUCGACUGUUGGUCAAUUUUUUGAUAUUGAAAUCCCAGAUUUUAAGGCAGACUUAUGCCGAUAAAGAGCAGUUCUUCCAGGCUUGAUCAAAAAGUAAUGGCAGAGAUGAUUUGAAAGUCUAUGAUAAUAUUGUUGGAUUAAAAUUAUUAAUUUUCGCUUACAGAACUGCCAGUGUAUAUUUUUAAAUACUCGCGCUGUAUAAUCAGUUAGCUAAUAUGAGAGAUAAGGUAGAAAGAUAUUCCUAUCCAAGAGAAAACUUGCUCGAGAAGAAUCGUUUCUUACCUCUCACUUCUGCUAAUUGUCAAGCAAACUCUUCUUUUUGUCUUUCUUUAUACUCACUUUCGCACCAAGCACGGAAUAUAUGCCAGUAAUAACGUUAGCUGUAUUGAAACAUCAAAAGAGAUUCAAACAUGCAGGACACAUGCGCCACUGACGUAGCAAACUACCAAUCGCUACGUAGGUCUUAAAAGUGGGGAUAACUUCCACAGCAGAUCCAGGCAGAUCAGACAGAAAUUCGUUUCAAUUUAUUUUCAUUUAGAUUAUUUCGCGAAGUGGUUGAAAGUCUCGCGAUUGUUGCGAUCGAUCUUCGAAACCCGAAAUGGCAGUCUUAUCGACGCGGUAUAGAUCGGAUUUGCUUGUGGUUUUCAAAAUAAGUGCCUCAGAUUGAUUCUUGUACAAUAUUUCAUAUUAUAAUAUAAACUACACGUAGGAAGUGCGGUUAAAAGACAUUCAAGAGUGUGGUGAAGUGUCAAGGAUAUAAUGUGAAAUUUAUUUAAAAUCACGGGCCGGUACGCCUUGUCAGAUCGCGCUGUUUUUCGUGUGAGAUAGCAGUUUAAAACGAUUGUAAUAGUUCUAUCACUUUCAAUUAAAUUACUUAGUUUAAACUAAUGAAAUACAAAAUGCAGUAUUGAAUUGUAAGGGUUAGAUUCUUCCGCUUAUACUUACGUGUCGAGCAAUGUCUCUGAUUUUUACAAAGUGCACAGAAUAUCCUUGUUGCGCUUACCUAGAAUAAUCAUGAGUGAAAGUACGCGAGAGCGGCCUAAAUAAAUUUUAAACUGAA